GAUUGUAUAAGAAGUUGAACUGCUUCCUUGUAAAUGGGGUUCCAUCGGGUACAAUUAGUCCACAGGCUUUAAGCUGUUGGCACUGGCCGCAGACAGUCUAGGACAAAGAUUGAUAUGAAAGCGCCCCUCAAGAGGAACAUUUCAUCAAAAGGCCAAAUACCUCCAGAAUGCUCGGAUGCAGCCUCACCAACCUUGCUGCACAGAUUAGGUGGCUGCCCAAAAGGGAGAAAAUUCUCGAAGAAUUCCCUGAGCAGAUCCCGUCUGGUCUCGACCGCGAUGCCUUUGGUCACCCAGUCCUGAUUGUGACCAGGGGUAUGGACGAAAAAGGCAGAGUUAGUGUUUUUCUGAUGACAUCCUUCACCAACCGAAACAUCCUAGCCAAGUUCCCCUUGCCCUCCCAUCGCCGCAACAGGGAGCCCUACUGGCCCAUCGAUCCAACACCCAAGCAUCCGGAUACCGGGAACCUCCUCAAGCUCAGAGAUAAGAGACUCAUGGACAAAGAAUAUUCCUAUGUCAACAGCCAAACUUCAUAUCCCGUUUGCUACGAAAUCCUUGAGCCGUAUAAGUCCGAAGACCCGGAGGACGUCUGGGCUAUCGAGGAGGAGUCCUACGAAAAACUCACAAAAGGGCGCGACUAUGACAGGUUUCAUAGUAGCUCGUGGAGAAGGGAAGAAAAUAAACCGGUCUUACCACUGCCAGAUCCAGUGAAAGAGAGGGAGCAGGAAGGGAAGCAAGCCUCUAAGGCUACGAGUAACGACGAGACACCUGAUCUGGCGGAGGAAAUUCAGGAAAAAAACCUGAGGGAGUUUUUCGAGGAUAUCAAGGAUUUCCUACCUUGGUCCGAUUAUAGAAAGAUUUUUGGCAUGGUAGAUGAUCCCGAUCCGUAAAAUGGGAGGUGAUAGGAAGGGAGGGGGCUACUGGUGUUUUGGAAUUUUGGAUUAAUGCAAGGAAGAAUUCAUGGG